CUUCUUUCGUGCUCCAAUUCAUCCGAACUGGCCGACUUUUGCGCGUUGGUGGUGCCGUGCAUAUGGGCCGGUUCAUUCAAACAAGAACAACAAGAACAACAACAACAGCCUAUCGUCAACGCGAAACGAUACGCUACGUUCAAGAUGUUUUGUCACAAAGUGCUCAAAGCAACCCAAAUAUCCUGCGCGUGCGUCCUGCUCGCGCUCUACUACAUCCAUCGCCUACGCUCCGCCUACCCCUCCAUCCGCGCAUCCAUCGGCUCCGAGGUGCGUCUGUUCACCACCGCACUCAUCCUCGCCAACAAGUUCUUGGACGACAAUACAUUUACCAACAAGACGUGGUCAGAUGUAUCGAGCAUUCCUGUACGCGAACUCAACAUCAUGGAGAUGGAAUUUCUAUCAGCACUGAACUACAAUAUCUACAUUCACCAUCAGCACUUUUUUGCAUGGGCAGCCCAAUGUCAGCAAUGGGUC